AUGGAAUCAUACGCAUUUGACCGUGGAACGAAAAUCUCGACGUAUAGAGAGGUUUUCUAUCGAGAAUUCAAAUUCUGUUAUGUUGAACGACCAACGACCGCCACCGGUCACCUCAGCUGGCAGGAGGUGUCUCUUCCCGGCCGAUCGUCAACAACCUGCAACCCCCGACGACAAUUUGGAAUUGGCGAUGGAAAUCGAACGGGAGCUGCUGGCACGAAAACGGAACCAGUGGAGUUUCGAUUUCGUCAACGGUACACUGGUGGAUGA